CGAGCCGAGAGACCCUCUGCCCUACCGGAACCUAUCCCUCCCACCUCGCCUCGCCUCGCCUCUCUGCCGACGCGGUCGAUCCCCAUCGCCGAACCGGUGCCGGACCGCCGGGGUGGAGCUGCGGGGACGUGGCUGGACGCCGCCGCCCCCUGAUCGGGGCUGCUUGCUCGCCUAAUUCGAGCUAGGUAGGGCGAGCUUAUUCGAUUCCGCUCAUGGAUUUGCUUUCACAUGAAUAAGCUCUCAGCAUUCUGAGUUUGGAUGAUCAAAUCAGCGUCAGCUUAAUUUCUGUUGCUCUGUCGAUAUGGGAGCUAAUUGCUGUAUAGCUGCAAAGCAGAGGCCUCAGCCAUGUGUCAUUCCAGUUGAAGUGUCUGCUUACAGGAACAUAAGACACUCCCCAUCAUGGAGCUUCCGAUGGGACAACAGAACGCACAUAGAAGACGUAAUGGAAAUCCCCACUUUUUUUUCCAACCAUAGUAGUGGAAGCAUUCGGCCUGAAACAAAGAGCGGUUCCAUUGCACCAACUGAAGGCUUUUCUAAUGGAGGUAGCCCUUCUGAUCUCUUCCACAAGGUCAAGUGGCACAAACCGGAAAAGAAGAUGGAAACAUCUAAAGUCGCACGAUCUGAUACACGAGCAGAUAGAUCUACUGCAAGCAACUCUUCCCCCGAGGGAAAGCUUUGCAGGAAAUCACUAGACAUGGUAAGCGUUGCUUCAGAUACGAAGACGUCAUCCCCUGUUGCUUCAGCAACACCUGUUGUAUCCAGAACAGAUCCUUCAUCCUCUAGGGGCCAUUCUCUGGCAAUGGGUCCAGAGUCGAUGAGAAAAGCACGUCGAUCGCCAGGUUAUCAACUAUAUAGACAGGUGUCAGACAGCAAGAUUCCAUCUCUCAGGUCUCUCAACGAGAGCAGCUCUCCUGAAGGAAGGCCUUCCUCCUCCAUGCUCUCAGUCUGCAGCAAUGAUUUAUCUGCAGCCGGAUCACAUGGUGAAUCAUCAGAUGGUUGGUCAAUGCGAACAUUUUCGGAAAUGGUUGCAUCAUCGCAAAGAGACAGAUGGUCAGUUGACAGUGAGCUCUUAGGUUCCGUUUCUAGUAAAAUGACUAUAUCAAGUGCUUCAAAUCCUACCACAGUAUCCCGUGACCAAGAGGUGUGCAAACUGUGUUUAAAGCUACUUAAGGAAAGGUCCGCGUGGAAUGCUCAGGAUCUGGGUGUUGUCGCUGUUUUAUUGUGCGGCCAUGUUUAUCAUGCUGACUGCCUGGAUAGCUUAACUGCAGAAGCUGAGAAAUAUGAUCCUCCUUGUCCCGUAUGCAUCCAUGGUGAGCAAUGUACUGUGAAGCUAUUUGGUAAGCUGGAAUCGAAGAUUAAGAACAAGAUACCAUCAAAUGUGACAGUUGAUGGUGAUCUGGAUGGGAGCUCUAAGCGCCAGAAGAAAAGUUGCAGAGAGCCCAAAUUAGGCACAAGCAGUAGCAUGAAGGGCUCGAUCAGUCGACCAUUUUUGAGGAGACAUUUCUCAAUUGGCUCUCGACCACCUCGAUUAGUUUCAGAGAGCGAGUCAACAAGAAAGAAGGGCUUCUGGGCUAAGCAUUGGAGGGAAUAGUGUAGCAUUCAGUUAUUGGAGAGGUGAGCAGCUUCCUAUGUUCAUGUUCACUGGCUAUGUUCCUUCACUUUUCAAGGAUAUAACUUGCUCGUAUCAUUAUCGUAUAUGGUGAAUACAGAUUGGAAAACAUGUUUAUCUGGUCCAUGUUUUUCGUAUUCUGCUAGAAAGGCUCUUGAGGAGGUGGCAACUCCCAAGCAACAAGCAAGCAUCUCGGUUUUGCAACCAAGUUGAACUGAGGCAACGGAUAUUUGCUGUUUGAGCAACUGUUGUACUUGAAAGUUCCUCCCAAGUCGCUAUGUUCAGAGUUGGGCACUCUGUGCUAUACCAAAUUUUCAGGAUAGUAGAAUAACAGUUAUUAUACUAUGCAACUGAGGGUUCUUGCAGACCCCGUCGCAGCUUAUUAGCAAGUAAUCUAACAGAGAAGGUGACGGCCUUCAGGCUGAAGAUACAAUCCAGCUUGGUAGAGUGUCAUGUUUGCAGUUGUAUUAUUUUUUUGUAUUGUUGGUUGAGUGCACCCGCUAUUAUUUGAUGUCAGUACAUAAUUUGGGAACUGUCGUACAUAGCUAGAAAAAUGCCGAUAAUAUUUAUUUUA